AAGCCAUAGUUGGCCAGCCGCUUAGGAGCAUCAACCUCCACUGUGCUACGGCGCUGCUGAGAUGGUUGUCUUCCUGCUGCUCCUUUGUCUUCCCUUCAUCCUCUACCUGGCCACGCCAAAAAUCAGGAAAAUGCUGUCCAGUGGAGUGUGUACAUCUAAUGUCCAGCUUCCCGGGAAGGUGGCCAUAGUCACUGGCGCUAACACAGGCAUUGGGAAAGAGACUGCUAAAGACCUGGCCCAAAGAGGAGCCCGUGUGUAUUUAGCUUGCCGGGAUGUGCAAAAGGGGGAACGGGUGGCCAGCGAGAUCCAGGCCACCACAGGGAACAGUCAAGUCUUGGUACGGAAACUGGACCUAGCUGAUACCAAGUCUAUUCGAGCCUUUGCCAAAGAGUUCUUAGCUGAGGAAAAGCACCUCCACAUUCUCAUCAACAAUGCAGGGGUGAUGAUGUGCCCCUACUCGAAGACGGCAGACGGCUUUGAGAUGCACAUCGGAGUCAACCACUUGGGUCACUUCCUCUUGACUCAUUUGCUGCUAGGGAAACUGAAGGAGUCAGCCCCAUCAAGGGUUGUCAAUGUGUCCUCCCUGGCACAUCAUCUGGGAAGGAUCCACUUCCAUAACCUGCAGGGCGAGAAGUUCUACAGUGCAGGUCUAGCAUAUUGCCACAGCAAACUGGCCAACAUUCUCUUCACUCAGGAACUGGCCAGGAGGCUGAAAGGCUCUGGAGUAACAACAUAUUCUGUCCACCCUGGAACAGUCAAUUCUGAAUUGGUUCGGUACUCGUCAUUUAUGAGAUGGAUGUGGCAGCUUUUCUUCCUUUUCAUCAAGACCCCUCAACAGGGAGCCCAGACGAGCCUGUACUGUGCCUUAACAGAAGGUCUUGAGAGCCUAAGUGGCAGUCACUUCAGUGAUUGCCAGUUGGCAUGGGUCUCUGGCCAAGCUCGUAAUAAGACAAUAGCCAGGCGGCUGUGGGGUGUCAGCUGUGACCUGCUGGGCCUCCCUAUGGACUGUGGUUUCACAGACUAAGAUAGAGGACCCUUAUAUGACCUACGCAGUUCCUGUUUUCCUUUGGAAACCUAUUCUUCGGAGAAUGGAAGCCCUAGAAGGAUGGUGCAUGGCAGUGCAGAUUAGAUGUAGCUCCUCCCAACCAACCAAUCAACCAACCAACCAACCUCUCCUUGAAGAGCUUCAUUGCAACCUCAGCUGAACCCCAGGAGUUCAGUGACCUGGCCCAACAGCAGGCCUUUGUGGCCCCAAUGAUGGGAUCCUUAGAGGAAUGUCUUCAGUCAAUCUGGCAGUCUGAACAUUUGCUCAUGAAAUUCUUUCCCAUGUCCGGACCACAGGCGAGCUUUCUUCUCGAGGAAGUUUGUGGAUUUGAGGGGCAGAAAUAAAAAUAAAGCUAAACUGUCAUUUCGUAUUGUUUCUCAGCCCAGUAAGGAGGUCACAAAGCUUUAUGAGAAGCUGGCUUCAGCUACUGAC